CUAUUCGCGAGCUCUGACGGAACCGCCUAGCGAUUCGUCUAGCACCGCCAGCCCCCGCAUAGAGCGUCGACGUUUGCUACAGCGGCGAUAGUACUGAAAUAAAAUGCGGUGAACCAUUUGGAAACGCUUCAGCCCUAUGAAGCAAAAUUUUCUAGUAUUACGCUCCAAACAAAACGCCCUUCAUCGUUCGGUUCGCUGAAGCCCUAGAAGUGAUUAUACCAUCCAGUAACGGAAGAAAACAUGGAGGAGGGUGAAGCCGAAGCAACCCCGGAGGUCGAGGAGGAGUCCGGCGAUGCCGAAGGACAAGAAGAAGGCGAGGUGGCGGCAUCUCCGUCAGAGGAGACAGAAGCGGGGUCAGCGGAGGCGGCUGAGAAGGCCGAGCAGACAACGGUGCCGGUGAAGGCGCGCAUCAUCUGCGCCUCGGGCGAGGAGCCGCUGACGAUAGGCAAGGCGCUGGUACCCGGGGGUUCCCCGCUGCACAUGGAGGUCCCUGGCGCGGGCACCCUGGUACUCACCGCCAGUCUGAAGGCGCCCCCGGAGCCCGACGCUUCCUCUUCGCCAGCGCCCGCACCUGGCCCUGGAGGCGAAGUGAAAUGCCUCUGCCCAACGUCGAAGAAGCGUGGUGGCGCCGAGGAGCAGAUCAAGGCUCUCGCCACGACCAUGGAGCAGAUUUCAUCGAUGCAGCAGCUGUUGUCGGACAUGCAGAACACGGCGCAGGCCCUCAGCCGGCAGCUGACAGGGGGCGGCCGCGGUCCGCCACCUACGCAGCCAGUCGGCGUACCCCGGCCGCUCCCCUACGACUCCCCGGGCGGCAUGCAGAUGCAGCAGCGGCCGAUGCCGCCCGCCGACUUCGGGCGUGUUCCGCCCGGCGGCAAAGAGGUGUUCUCGGCGCCGGGAGUGGGCAUCUACGUGGUGCAGAAGGACGCGUCGGCCAUGGGAGGCGGCAUGCCAUACGACUAUAUGUCGCCGAUGGCCGACCCGCGCUCCAUGCAGCCGGCCGCCAGCUGCCCGCAGUGCGACACCAUGCUGCCGCUCCCGCCACCAGAUUUGGGGCAGCGAGAUUGGGCCUCCCCGCAGCCUAUGGCGGCCAGCCAGUCUCGUGGCGCAGAGGCCUACCAACCCGGGGGCGGAGGACACGUCUGUUGUGGCGGAGGCGGCCAAAUGGUUUGUUGUGGGGGUGGCGGAAUGAGCUGUUGUGGUGGCGGCAGAGCCCUCUGUUGCGGCGGGGGCGUCAAGAUCUCCUGCUGCGGUGGAGGCGUACCAGUCAGCUGUUGUGCAGCUCGAGUAAACACCUGUUGCGGCGGGGGCGGAGGUCCCCAGCAUCACCAACAGGCGGGCGGUUACGCACGAAUGCCUGACGAGCAAGAGGUGUGUCAGGGCGACUGCACCAUCCCCUGUGAUAGCACCGCCACUUGCAUGGGCCGAACCAGAUGA